ACAACUUAACAAAGGAAAGGGCCAAUCCCGAACCUCUUUUUGGUUUUUACCCUUUCCCCCUUCUACAACAACACACAGUCUCACACACCACUAAAACCAAAAUCCAAAUCAAAUCUCUCUGCCAACUAAAUUCCGUUCACCGUUUCCACCAAACUCUACAAAAUAACCACUCCACAAUUUUGGAUCCAUCCGUUAUCGCCUUGUUCGGUUCGGUAUCUGCAUUGCUGCUCCAACACGCUGUCGUUUCAACGGUUCGGAUUUUGAUCUGGGAGGCUUUUACGUACCUCCAAAGCGCUGCGUGGUAGCUCCCACUUCCUCAACUUCUUCCUGCAUUGCCUCUGCAACAUAUCUUUGCGCCGAUCUGCUGCAUUUGCUUUUCUUGUGUAGGGAAAUAGGUACAGUUAAUCAAAGGGGGGCAGGAAGAGUAUCUAAAACGAGCAUGCAGUUGGGGCAGGAGGGGCGAGGAAAAGGGGAAACUGGCAGCUUAAAUGGGUUUUCUGGGGAAGAGUUAGGAGGUGCAGUUGAAGGUAGCCAGCUUGCUUCUCUGGUGAUGUGGAUGAAUGCCGUGCUUCCUAACCUUAAUCUGCCUUUAGAAACUUCAGAGGAGGAAUUGAGAGAAUGGUUGAGGGAUGGAUCUUUAUUAUGCAGCCUUUUGGACCAGCUGGUUCCUGGUUCAUUCGAAGGACGUGGAUAUUUGAAUGAGCCAGUGGGCCGCAUUAAAAAGUUUCUAAUGUCUUUGGAUGAAUUGGGAUUGUCUAGAUUUGAAUUGUCAGACCUGGAGCAGGGAUCCAUGGUGCCUGUCUUACAAUCUCUUGAGACAUUGAAAACUCAAUUUGCUUUCAAUGCUGCUCGGGAAAAUAUCCAAAGUUUUUCUAGGAAGAGGUGGGGCCAGUCAGAUCAAACAUCCCUUGAGGAAAAUGAUAGUUGUCUCAAGGAUACUUUGAAAUUCCGACAUGCUAUCGAUGGUUCUUUUGUUCAUGGAGGAAUUGCUGCCAAAGACCAAAAUGGGUUGAAGUCUAGUGAACUGUCCCAGUUGAAGCAAGGACUGCCCUUAGAUCUUUCAGAUGCUAAACUUAUGGAAUUAUUAAAAUCAAACAAUUUGGAUUGUGUAUCAACUCGAUCGCUCUUUAAUAUAGGGAAUGCGAUCCUCAGUGAUAUCUUUGAAAGGAAGAAUGGAGAUGUACCCCAAGCUCAACGUGCAGGUUGCCUGUUGAAGAAAAUUCUGCAAGUCAUUGAGUUGCGUGUUUCACAUCAAGCAGAAAGCAUAAAAAAUCAAAACAAUAUUUUCAAGGCUCGUGAGGAGAAGUACCAAUCAAGAAUAAAUGCACUUGAAACUCUUGCAACUGGGGCCACUGAAGAGAAUGAGGUGGUUGCAAGUUGGGUUCAGCAAUUGAAGGUUUCUUUGCAGCUUGAACAAAGUAAAUUUGAGGAGAAGAAGAAACUUGAAGAACAGGAUUUUUCUCGAUUAAAGAAAGAAAAAGUUCGUAAUGAAAUUGAAGUUUCUACACUGAAGCAAGAACUGGAAAUGAUCAAAAGAACACAUGAAGAACAUGUUUUGCAGCUAGAAUCACAAGCUACUGAAUCUAAAGUUGAGUACUUGAAAAGAAUAUCCGAACUUGAAAGUGUUCUUGCUGAUGCAAGGAAGCAAGUGAAGGAAUUGGAGGCAUUUUCAGAAUCCAGAUCUGUGAAUUGGAAGAAUAAGGAGCGUACUUACCUAAGUUUUGUCGAUUGUCAAUCUAGAGCUUUUCAGGAAUUGAGAGCUGCAAUGAAAUCUGUCAAAAAUGAAGUGUUAAAAACAAAAAGAAGCUACUUAGAGGAUUUCAAGUACUUUGGAACCAAACUCAAAGGUCUAGCUGAUGCUGCUGAAAAUUAUCACGUAGUUCUUGCUGAAAAUAGAAAAUUGUAUAAUGAAGUUCAAGAUUUGAAAGGAAAUAUUAGGGUAUAUUGCCGAAUUAGACCCUUUCUUCCGGGACAAAAUCAAAAUCAUUCAACCAUUGAGUUUGCGGGUGAGGAUGGAGAACUAAUUGUCAGUAAUCCUCUCAAACAAGGAAAAGAUAGUCGCAAGCUUUUUAAAUUUAACAAGGUUUUUGGUCAAGCUGCAAGUCAAGAAGAAGUUUUCAGGGAUACUCAACCGUUAAUUCGUUCUGUUCUUGACGGUUACAAUGUUUGUAUAUUUGCAUAUGGUCAAACUGGUGCUGGAAAAACAUAUACAAUGAGUGGACCUUCCUUAUCGUCAAAAUCAGAUUGGGGAGUCAACUAUCGGGCGCUACAUGAUCUUUUCCAUAUCUCCCAUAGCAGAAGGAACUCUAUCAUGUAUGAAAUUGGUGUUCAAAUGGUUGAGAUUUAUAAUGAACAAGUUCGUGAUUUACUAUCAACCAAUGGCCCUCAAAAGAGACUUGGGAUUUGGAAUACAACCCAACCAAAUGGGUUGGCAGUUCCUGAUGCAAGUAUGCACUCUGUAAAUUCAAUGACAGAUGUCCUUGAGUUGAUGAAUAUCGGGAUGACAAAUCGGGCUACAAGUGCCACAGCCUUAAAUGAAAGGAGUAGUAGAUCACAUAGUGUUCUCUCCAUUCAUGUUCGGGGAACGGAUUUGAAGACCAACACUCUCUUUCGUGGGUGUCUACAUCUAGUAGAUCUUGCUGGAAGUGAAAGAGUAGAUCGUUCUGAAGCAACAGGAGAUAGGCUUAAGGAGGCACAACAUAUAAACAAAUCACUUUCAGCACUUGGAGAUGUGAUAUUUGCUCUAGCACAGAAGAGUUCACAUGUGCCAUAUAGAAAUAGUAAACUGACUCAACUUCUUCAGAGUUCAUUAGGUGGUCAAGCAAAAACCCUUAUGUUUGUACAACUUAAUCCUGAUGUCGCUUCAUAUUCUGAAACUAUAAGUACCUUGAAGUUUGCUGAGAGGGUUUCUGGUGUGGAGCUUGGCGCUGCUCGUAGCAACAAAGAGGGCAAGGAUGUGAGAGAACUUAUGGAACAGGUGUCGUCUCUCAACGAUGCAAUUACAAGGAAGGAUGAAGAAAUUGAGCGGUUGCAGUCGGUCAAGGUUAAUAACAAUGGUGCAAAGCUUGGUACGAUCUCACCCAGGCAUGUCCCAUCAUCUCCGAGAAGACACUCAAUGGGGACUCCUCGGCAUAGCUUGAGGCACUCAGGAACAAGGAGCAUUGGAGCCCGUGACAAAGCAACUUCUGAUGCUGACAAUUGCUCUGAGUAUAGUGACAGGCAAUCAGAAGCUGGUUCUCCUCGAUCGUUGGAUGAUUUCAGGCACAAGUCCAGUUCCCUACAAAUGAAACUAGCCAGAGAAGAUAAUCAUCAAAAUUUCAAUGAGGACAUUGACCUCUUAGGAUUUGGAGAUGCAGAUUCGGAAGAGCGAUUAAGUGACAUAUCUGAUGGCGGUCUUUCAAUGGGUACAGAAACCGAUUCAAUCAGCAGUAUUGUUGAGUACACUCUUUUCCCUGAAGUCGAGAAGGCAGCUGAAACCACACCAGCAAAGAACACAACAGUGGACGACCUUCCACCUCAGAGCACGGGAAAGCCUAUCAUUCCAUCCAAAAUUCCCAAAGCCCCGCAAGUUGCAUCGAAACUGCCAACGAAAUCUUCUAGGCUAUCAUUGAACAGAACCCACACAAUGUCAAAUUCAAGUGUUAGAAAACAGACAGCUGGUAGCUCUUCUUCGGCGAAGCCCCUCAAAAGAUGGCAAUAGUUAGGAUACAACUUGGAUGCUGUAGAAAGAUUAGGGCCAUAGGAACUUUUUAUUCAUGUUAGGUGCUUAUUAUAUUAUUCUGCACCCAAGGCUGAGUUAUAGCUCAUUUCAGCCUCAAUCUAUUAUUUAGUGAGGCGAUUGCAAACCCUAGCUUGUAACUAGUUUGUAUUUAAGCAUCGCGAUCUUUUCUGUGAGAUUGUGAGAAUCGUUCAAGACACAACUCAACUGAUUAGAAUCUAUGUCUGUA